AUGCGGCUCUCGAAGCGGGCCCUGAGGCGGGGCCUGGCCCCGACGGCGGCCUCCGAUUGGCACGCUGCGGAUCUCCCUGCUGCCUUACAAGGCGGUGCGAGGCAAGCUAUUUUUAGAGGGCUAUAUAAGGGGGCUGAGGCAGCCGCCUUGCGGCCGGGGAGCUCGAUCGCGCUGGGGAGGGCCGCUGCGACACUAGCGCUGGCUCCCGGGAGCCGGGGCGACCGGGCUUGGGCUGCGCUGGCUUCCGACCCUCGCUGCGGGGCUCUCCCGUGCCGCUGGUGCCCGGACCCUGUGCGGAUCCGAGGGAACGGGUCGCCGCCGCGGUGGCCGAUCGGGAGACUCCCCACAACUGCCACGUCUUCAGCAACCUGCCACGUCUUCAGCAAACUGCCACAUCUUCUUCAGCAACCUGCCACGUCUUCUUCAGCAACCUGCCACGUCUUCAGCAAAAUGCCACAUCUUCUUCAGCAACCUGCCACGUCUUCUUCAGCAACCUGCCACGUCUUCAGCAAACUGCCACGUCUUCUUCAGCAAACUGCCACGUCUUCAGCAACCUGCCACGUCUUCAGCAAAAUGCCGUCUUCAGCAACCUGCCACGUCUUCAGCUACUGCCACGUCUUCAGCAACUGCCACGUCUUCUUCAGCAACCUGCCACAUCUUCUUCAGCAACCUGCCACGUCUUAA